AUUAUCAUUUGUUGUCACUGUAAACGUCAAAUAUAAUUUUUUUAUAUUGCAACACCGGUAGUGCAGUGUAAAACAAAAGUGAAGGAAUUGAUAAAUUUGAUAAGUGUGGAUGAGCCAUAGCGGUAGGAGUACUGUGUGUUUUCAAAACAAACACACUAAGCGACUGUUUUGGCACAACCCAUUUGUGGCAAAAAUUGUGUUAAACAAACAUUAGCACCGAGAACAAAUGCGAAAUGUUUCGCACAGACAAAUCAAGUAAAUUCGAUUUGGGUGAGUUUAAGAGAAAACUUAAACGUUUAGCGGAUGGUAGCUUUUUGUCCUAUCGCCGAAUCUUUCUGCUACUCCUUGGAAUAUGUAUAUUUUUCUAUAUUUUACCACCCGUAUUUCGUUAUCUAUUUAUGAGUGCACCGGAAGUAAAGGAUCCACAUAUGCAAUGUAUGGACGAUCGCUUAACGCCAUUUUUCUUACAAAACUUUGAAUUCGAUGCUAAUAUACGGCAUGUGCCACCGCAUACGGAGGAACGCAAUUUCAUACCGUAUGUAGGAAAUGGUUACAUUGGCAUGGAAGUAGCACAUGAUGCUUCCUUAAACAUUAAAUCUGGACGCUCUAUGCAAUUGCCAAUGCAAUUCCAUCCGGUUGUGUCUGUACUGCAACGCAAUGAAGCUGGACGUGAAGCGACUGUAGUGGAAUAUUUGUCUGGCACUGUGCAUAGAUUUCAAUGCUUUUCAAAUUAUUUCGUCGCAUACACUUACUAUGCGCACCGAACGCAUCCUAGCAUUCUAAUGCAAGAAAUUAAAAUUACUAAUACUCGAAAUACGAUAGAAGAAGUGGAACUUAUUUUUCCACGUAUUUAUUUUCAGUCACCAGCGUCACAUGUGAUAAAAUUGGGUUCCUCAACUCCAGCCUCCGCCAUACUUAAGGAGUUUGAAGUAAGCACUGGCACUAUUUCAGUAAAUGCAGAUGAUCCCUCUAGUGUUAUAGUAGUAAGCGUUGUUAAGCCGCAACUGAGUCGCAUUAUUCAACUGAAGAAGCGCGGUGCUAUCAAUAUAGUAUAUCCUAUCGCUUUACAUUAUUCACAACCAAUAAAGCGCGACAAGUUGUCGGAGACAGCACAGGAUAUAGAAAACAAGGCUAUACAAGCUAUGACAAAAGUUUUACAAAAGUUACAAAACAAAGCCGAACAACAACCCAAUCCACAUGCAUUUCAUCAGGAGCACAUUAACGUUUGGUCCGAUUUGUGGGCUACUGGUUUCAGCAUUAGUACAUCUAAGGCGGAGAACAGUUUGAAUGGUGAUCGUAUCAAUGCAUCUAUGUAUGCCGUACUUUCACAAACACGUAGCUACGAAUAUGAAGAAUAUGCAUCACUAAAAUCGCCUAGCAAGCAGGAAAUUGCUAAGGCAUUGACUUAUGCUGAAGGUUGUUACGACUCAUAUUACACGCUGCAAGCUGAAAACCUUUGGCGCAGUGCGAACACACUGGAAAAGUUAAAUAAUUUGGUAUCAUCUUGGAUGGUUACUUUGGAGAAGCAGGGUUGCCACAAUCUUAUACGUGCUGGCGCGUCAGGUGUUAUCCAAGCUAUGGUCUUGAGUUUUGGCAGUUUUCGUUUUAGCAAUCAACACUUGGAGUGCAAUAUGCAUCCCAAGUAUCUACAUCGAGAUUUUCAUUUCCGACGUCUGAAUUACGGCAAUAAAACGCAUGUGAAUGUCACUAUCACUGUCACGGAAGAUAAUAAGGCGGUAAUUAAUGUGGCGCUUGAUCGUUCAGAUCGUAGUUAUUAUGCGUGUGAUGGCGGUUGUUUGGAUGAGCCGGUUUUGCUAACUCAAAGUCGUCGUCAAUUUCCCGUAAAAUUAACCGAACCGGUUACAGCGAUUCUCUACAUUACCGAAGAUAAACAGCAUAUGGAGGAACUACAUAAAGCUAUACAUGUUCAAGAGGUCGUGGAAGCGCCUGCGCACGAGCAACAUUUGAUUGCUCUUCACAGACACGGCCAUCAGUUAGGCGGUUUGCCUACACUUUUUUGGGUAUCAGUUUGUGCAAUAAUUAUAGUAUUUCAUGCGUUCCUAUGUAAAUUGAUUAUCAAAGAAUACUGUGAACCUUCGGAAAAAUUGAGAUAUCGUUAUAAUAAACCAUGACCGUAAAUAAUGCAUAUGCAUAUAUAUACAUAUAUAUAUAUAUAGAUUUAAUAUAAAUGUAUUUACAUUUAUAGUUAGUAAUAUUAACUUCGAGAGCCUAUACUAAUAGCUAGUUCAAUAAUUUUUGUCUUUUUCUUUAUAUGCGCGUGUGUAUAUUUUAUAUAUAAUUUUUAUGUAUGUAUGUAAUGUUGUAUUGUAUUUUUAAAUUUCAUUAAAAUAUGCGAACGCAUAAUGCAAUAUAAGGAACUAAA